CCCAGAUUGGACCAGGUUCGUGUUCUGGAGAGUCCAGUCUGUCCAGAUCCAUACACAGGAGGAACAAAGUGACGCCCGCGACCCUGAGAGAGAGAGAGAGAGAGAGAGAGAGAGAUUUCCUAUUUUUUCUGAUCGGACGGCAAUGAAGAGAGGGGUGCAGAGAUGGGCGGUGAACAUCGCCCGGUGGGAUCCAUCGGAAGCUCAGCUCCUGUUCUGCAUCUUCCUUCUUCCUCCCCACGAGCGUCCUCCCAUCACCAAGUUUCUGAAUGUCGAAGACAAGAAAAGGGCAGUUGUGAGUCGAAUGCUUCAAUACAUGCUAGUACAUGAAGUGCUAGGAAUUCCAUUCAAGGAAAUAACCAUCGGCAGGACGAUUGAAGGCAAACCAUAUUUGGAAAACAGUGGAGUGAAAUUUGAUUUUCCAAAUUUUAACUUCAACACCUCUCAUCAUGGUGAUUAUGCUGUCAUUGCUUCUGAACCACAGUGCCUUGUGGGUGUGGAUGUAGUCUCCCUGGAAGUUCCUAAGAAGGAAAAUGCCGUAGAAUUUAUCAAGCAUUUCUCAUCGUACUUUGCAACUUCAGAAUGGAACAAUAUCAUCAGUUCUGGCACUUCGAUUGAUAUCUUGGUCGAGUUUCAUAGGUAUUGGUGUUUGAAGGAAGCAUUCACAAAAGCCAUAGGUGUGGGACUGGGAUAUAGCAUUGGCAGAUUGGAAUUUCAUCAUACCAACUGGAAUGAUAUACGUGUCCAAGUAGAUGGGGAAGAUUCAGAUGAUUGCCGCUUCUGGCUAUCAGAGCUGGGGAAGCAAAAUUGGGUCGGUCAACUACAUUUGCAAUAUUUGCUGAAAAAGGUUUGUGUUGCAAGAUGUCAUCCAAAGAGAGCAGUACAAAGUUACAAAAGGACUUUGUGGCGAGUAGACUUUGAUGAAGAAGAGCAUAACCGUGCCCUUCUGCUUCCAAACAGAGAGUUUUUGUUGCUUCAAGUGGAGGAUCUCAUUCCCAAACAUGAAAAAGAAGCGUAUGAAUCAUUGAGAAAAAAAUGUUCUGCGGCUUAUGUCAGGUCCUUGCUGAAGGUGAUUCGGAAACUCGCAACAUUAUGAUUGGUUGUCAUGAAUUUCUCAUUCUUGAUUCUUUCUGGAUAAAAAUCAGCUUGUCAGGCGAAUGAAGGAGAUGCUCGGGGAAAUGCCAAAAGGGUUUCGAUUAGUGAAGCAGAAGUUCACCCUCAGGCAAAUAAAGGAGAUCCAUGCUUGUCUUCUAGCGACAGGAAAAUCUAGCAACAAGUUUCAGCAAACGAAAAUUCUUGCACUCUACGCAUCUUCUCCUUUGAACACCAUGGCUUUUGCCGAGUUGGUCUUCUGUCAGAUGGUAAAGCCAGACACCUUUUCAAUCAACACGAUGAUAAAGGGCUACAAUCUGCAUUUCGACCCACAGAAAGCACUUCAGUUCUACUAUCAAAUGAGGAGAAGAUCAAUGGCUUCCGAUAGUUUCACCAUUGCAUUUGUUCUUGAAGCAGUGACUGCUGCAUUAUUGAUUAGGAAUGGAAAAGGAAUGCAUGGGCAGAUGAUCAAGUUUGGUUUCGAAACAUCCAUUGUUUUAAAAACCAACUUGAUCCAAAUGUACGCCGAUUGUGGUAGCAUCGAUGAUGGCAGCAAAGUGUUUGAUGAAAUGCCUCGGAAGGACUUGAUCUCAUGGAGCACUAUGAUGGCUGCUUACGCAAGACUUGGCCGUGUUCGUGAGGCUCUGGCAUUGUUGGAGGACAUGAAGAGGAAAGAAAUCACACCUAAUGAGUACACAAUGGUGCCCUUGUUGAGGGCAUGUGCUCAAGCAUGCGCCUUGACUCUAGGGGAGCAUCUACAUGCAUACAUAGGAAGAAGUCCUCAAAUUAGGAGGGACACCCACUUGGGAAAUGUUCUAGUCUACAUGUACGCAGCCUGUGGUGCGUUGGACAAAGCAGUUAACGUUUUCAACGAGAUUGAACAAAAGGAUGUACUCUCUUGGAGCACCAUGAUCGGAGGGUUUGCAGUUCACGGCCACGGAGAGGAAGCUUUGAGUCUCUUUGCUCAAAUGAAGUUCGCAGGAGUAAAACCAAACGAUGCUACACUGGUAAGUGUACUGCAAGCCUGCAGUCAUGCUGGCCUAGUUUCUGAGGGCCGGAAACAUUUUGACCUAAUGAAGAGUGAGUAUGGCGUAAGUCCAAAGCUUGAGCACUACGGUUGCAUGGUAGACAUGCUUGGGCGUGCGGGGCUUUUGCCUGAGGCACACGAAUUCAUCAACAGCAUGCCAAUUCCACCCAAUGCCAUCAUCUGGCGCACUUUGUUAGGUGCAUGCAAUGCACAUGGGGACACGAAACUAGCAGAAAUGGUAUCAAAAACCCUUCAAGAGUCAGACUGUGAUCAUGUAGGGAAUCAUGUCCUCAUGUCCAAUAUAUACUGCAAAGCUGGAAGGUGGUUUGACGCCGAAAGAAUAAGAAACAUGAUCAACCCAGUAACAAACAAGAAACUGCCAGGUGAAAGCUCAAUAGAAGCAAGCAGCAAUGUGAAUGCUGAAAUUGUAAAUCCACCUCUUCAUCUUAAAA